AUGGCAGUUUGUGAUUCCAGGACACAAUUUACUAACAUAGUUGCCAAGUGGCCUGGUUCAUCACACGAUGCUUUUGUGUGGACAAAUUCAACACUUAGUGAUCUUUUUGAAAAUGGAUAUAUUAGAAGAGGUUGGUUGCUUGGGGACAGUGCAUACCCUCUGAAAAAUUAUCUGAUGACACCAGUCCUUAACCCAAGCAAUCCCCGUGAAUUAGCUUACAACGAUGCGCAUGCUAAGACGAGAAACCCUAUUGAAAGAAGCUUCGGAGUGCUUAAAAUGCGCUUUCGCUGCAUUGAUCAUUCUGGUGGAACGCUUCUGUUUCAUCCAACAAGAGCAUGUAGAAUUGUGACUGCCUGUGUUGUUCUGCACAACUUGUGCACUGAUCACAAUGUUCCGGUGCCACAAGCACAAAAUCCUGGGGCAUAUCAACUUAGUCCACCAGAUAACUACGUCUAUCAAGGACCCAAUAAUGACGGAGCCGAGAUCCGCCAAAGAUUGAUUCUCUCUAGAUUUUAA